AAUCAAAUCGUGAUAACACUUUAAAUAAACAUUGUUUUUCUGAGAACUACUAUUCAAGCAACUAAGUUUUUCUCCGUAAUAUUAUUUCCACUAGUUCAGUGCCCCGCUCUCGCCUUCACUCAUAAAGACUGAAUGCUGAAUUUACAGCGUUUUCGAAUGUCUUCGCUUUCAUUUACAAAUGGUCCGUUGAGGAAAAUUUAUACGUUAGACGUAGCGAACUUGGGAUUACACUACUUUGUCUCUUCCACUUGACAAUAUCUGACAAGUUUUCACUGCGAUCGUGAAAUAACACUAAAUGCGUAUCUCGAGUAAAUUUAAUGUAAUGUGUUACUGAAUAGCUACUGCCAGCGCGCGGGUACGAUAAAAACGCGUCAUUAUUACACCACUCAAAGAUGUGAUCUCUAAAAUUAUAUCGGCUUUACUUAAAACAAGAUAAGAGUAGCGUACCUACAAUUUUUGUAAUACAUUAUAACUGUGGUACCUUUUGGACUAUUUCUGAUUGUACCGCGGAGGUAACACCUGCGCAAUAAAACUAUCAUUACACUAUAACGCGUUGUAUUUAUUAUUAACUUUAGUUCGCCAUAACUCCUGUCUCUGGGAUGAAUCACUCACUUGAAACAUACACCUGAUGAUGUUGUCAUUGAUGAGCACGUAAAAUCGCGCGUUUGUAUCAUAAAACGUCACAUUACGAAGAAUGAUAAUCAGUCAAUUGUAGAAAAAUGCAAAACUCAACGCGCGUCGCUAACUACGAGAGUGACCCCAAAUACCAGCUGAUCGUGAGUUUAAAAAGAAAAUGCUACAACGAGAACAUCACCCACAGCCAGAUUAUUGAAAAACAAUAUAACGAGAACGGUUCGUGGUGUCCGAGGAAGUUCGAUGGGUUCGCGUGUUGGGACGAGACGCCGGCCUCCACCACCGCCUACCAGCACUGCCCGGAGUUUAUCUUCGGGUUCGAUCCAAGGCGGUAUGCAUACAAGAAAUGCACAGAAAAUGGCACUUGGUAUGUGAACCCUCACGCGAAAAGGUCUUGGACAAACUACACCACCUGCGUUGAUGUCGAAGACUUGGAUUUCCGGAAUCUCGUGAACAAUAUCUACGUGGUCGGGUAUUCGAUCUCUGUGGCGGCUCUGCUGAUCUCUAUUAUGAUAUUCCUUUAUUUCCGGGCUCUCCAAUGCACCCGUAUACGCAUCCACAUUCAUCUGUUCACAUCAUUCGCUCUGAACAACAUCCUGUGGAUCGUGUGGUACCGCGCUGUUGUGAACCGAGUCGACGUGGUUCAGGAAAACAAGGAAUGGUGUCAAGUCCUUCACGUUGUGACCAACUACUUCAUGCUGACCAGUUACCUAUGGAUGUUCUGCGAGGGAUUGCAUCUGCACAUAGCACUGGUCGUGGUUUUCGUGAAGGAUGAGGUGGCGAUGCGCUGGUUCGUGGCUCUCGGCUGGGGGCUUUCUCUCGUCAUCAUAGCAAUUUACGCAACCCUUCGCUACUAUACACCUGGAGCUACAGAACGAUGUUGGAUGGAUCAAAGUGACACAUUUUGGAUCAUCAUCAUUCCGGUCGGCAUCUCCUUAUUGACUUCGUUUGUGUUCCUGGUGAACGUCGUGCGAGUUCUGCUGACCAAGCUCCACCCGGCCCCGAAUCAACAUGCGUCCGUAGCAGCUCGGAAGGCCGCGCGAGCCGCACUGAUAUUGAUCCCUCUGUUCGGACUGCAUUUCAUAUUACUGCCGCUUCGACCAUUGCCUGACUCGCCGUGGGAAAAGAGUUACCAGAUUGCAUCGGCUCUUCUGACUAGCUUACAGGGUGUAUGUGUGGCGAUACUAUUUUGCUUCACCAACCACGACGUCAUGGUAGCCACAAAGACCUACAUAACACGAUUCCGGAGAGUUAACGAGGGCAUUCCUAUGACUGGUAACACUUACCCCUUAACUGGGUCGGUUUUUCUUACUUAUUUCAUUAGCUUUAAGUUCUAUUCUCAUGAAAUAUCUUAAGAUUGAAAUAACAUUAAUAAGCAACAUCCAAUAUACUUGUAAAUGGGCAGUAAGCGGCCGAGGCAAUUGAAAAGUAAGGUUUUAUGGGAAAAAGAGCUGAGUGUUCAACAACGCAUUUCAUAGAUCAGUCGCAUACUAACUAGUACAUAUUGUUAUGUUUGCAUUAACCAUUGUGUUGAGUGAUAUAACCGCGAAAUAAAUUGAUCGAUCCACACGGCCUCAUAUGAUGUACAAUCCGCACGUGACUAUAGUGUAUUUAAGACAUAAUUAUGUAAAUAAUAAUUGUUUACUCCAUUUGUAAAUAUAUUGCGAAAAACAUUGGCGGUGUUACGUAUUUUGCAAAAAUCAAGCAAAAGAAAAUUUUCAAUUUUUGUUUUCCAAUUGCUAAUUCGGUAUUUCACGAAAUGACCAGUUAUUUUCUGUUGCAUUCAUUUGCAAGGUUCGAAUCCAAGCCCUCAAAAUUACAUGAUCGAUAUCACGUGUAUUUUCUAAAUUAUUUGUUUUAUUAUCGAUAUCACUACCAAUUGUUUACCUCACCAUGACAUUUAGUUAUAACAACAACAACAAUGUAAAAUAAUCAUCGCGGAAAAAAACGAAACGUCGUUAUUCAGCCAGCACAUGAGUAAACAAUGCUAAUUUAUCACUAAAUUCGAAUUAAGAUGGCUAACGCUUUAAUCAAUCAAAUUUAUCGGUAAGCAAAGCUAAUUGUGAUCAUAUCUGGCCGUAGUAAUUUUAAUGUCUUAUCAUAGUAUUUUUACCGAAAUUUAAUUAAAACUUCUUAUUUAAUAUUGUUUUUCUCGGUCCAAAUUAAACAGCCCUAAAAUUCGUGGACAAGCUUGCAACCAUGCUAGUCAAUCAAUUAUCAACCUUAUUGAUAAGACAUUAAAGAUGUUCAUGUCGAGUGAUUCAACUGUCAAGCUUUGUGUAUAACGCCCAUUCACUAACUUAGAUAUUUAAUAAUUAGAACAUAUAUUUAGUGAGUAUUAGUUUGUUGUUUGAAUGAUUAUUUCAUAUG